GACUCUGAGAACGCGCGGACAAAGGCGAGCAAGGAGCGCCAAACAGCAACUUAGCGAGCUCGCAGAACGCGCAGCAGAAGCACCAAACUUUUCUGGCGCUGGUGAGGGGUUUCAGCUGUCCUGCAUUUGUUCAGGGGACUGCUAGGGUUGUGCGUGAGCUUCUGGGUUUGCAAAUUGAAACAGAGGCGGUCAAGCUAUCUUUUCAAGGUGGUCCUGUUGAAGUAGGUUUGAUACUGUGAAUUGAUGGCGUUCCAAGUGGAUGAGUUUAUGAACGUCCCAGAGGAUGAGGUAGAAGCGGCCGAGACAGGAGGAGCUGGGGAGGGGCAAGCAGUUGUGGAACAGGGAAACGGGGCUGAGACAACGCAAACCCUACCUGCUGAAACAGUUCAGGUUGCAGAGCAGGCUGUAACUACCGAUGUAGGACAAGAUGUGGCCACACAGGCCAAUGAUACGGGAACAAAAGAUGCAGGAACGGGAGCAUCUGAGACAGAGGAGGCGCAGCCUGUUGCGGAUGUUGCAGCAGUCGCUCCAGCAAUAAUCCCCCCCCGGGUUGCAGACCCCCCAGUUGCAGAAGCAAGCACCGUUCAAAAAGCAGAUGCUUCGAUCCAGCAUGAACCCCUUCCCGGUGCAUCAUUAUAUGCGUUCUCAGAGCGGAUUGAGCAGGGGUCAGGAGACGCUCCAGAUGAGGGCGUUAUCGACCAGGGGGGGGAGCUGGAUGCAGCCAUGGAGGCCCCCCCCAUCUCAAUGGCCGUCCGGCAGAGCAUGGAGAGCGACCUGGCGCCCCCCCUGCCUGCGGAACCACAAGUCACAAAAGAGGCCGCUCCGCCGACAUCAGCACCGCAUCAGCAGGACCCAUACAACCGGCCGGACCUGCAGCUCUCCAUGGCUGCAUUGCAGCAGGCGGCGAGCAUCUUGCAGAGCUCGAACCAGACCGACGCAUCCGCUAGGAAUGCAGUUAGUGAUGCGAGCCAAGCGCUGCAGAACGUCGCGCUUUUGCAGAGCAUGGUGCGCUUGCUGCCAACCGAAGGACUGAAGAUGAAGCACGGGAGGCCGUCCCGCUUUAAGGGGGUCACUCCUCACCAUAGUCGCUGGCAGGCCCGCAUCAAGGAGGCGAGGAGGGACAUCCACCUGGGGUACUUCAAUACAGAGGAGGCCGCCGUCCGCGCGUACGAUCGCGCCGUCCUCAAGUUCCGCGGCGCCGAGGGCCUGACCAACCUGUGCGCGGCCGACUACGAGGAGCCUGCCACCGUGCACACCCCAACCGGCGUCCCCGGGAAAGUUGACGCGGCCACGAUGACCCCGAUCGAUUGUGCGGAGUCGAAGGGCGCAAACCCGCUGCCGCACGGGUACUCGCCGGAGCAGGACGAUCUGCUUCCGGGGCUCAUGCGCUGCCCGAAGUGUGGCAAGAUGAAGACGGGCGACGGGACUCAGCCAACUACGACCGCCGCCGCUCCCCCGGCUGCCCCCGGCCCCCCGCCCCCUCCCCCCCCUCGCCACGCCCUCCCCCGCCUCAAACUGCCCACGGUGGCGGAGUUUUGGUCCGCUGCGGCGGCGGCGUUGAGCCCCCCGAACGGGAUUGGGGCGCUGAGCCCAAGGGAUGCCGCGCCGGCGGCGCAGAAGUCGACAACAGCUGGGCCUUCCUCAAGCGCACCACCAAUGGCUCCCGCCCUCCCCUCGCAAACCGCACCCCCGCUUUUCACGCGGCCGCGCCCCGAGGCCAUCCAAAACGUGCUCGUGCACCCAGUAACUAGUCUGGCGACUUUGGCGGCGAUGGACGCGCUCGUUCUGCGGGAGGCGGGAAUCGAUCCGGAGCUGUUCUUCAACACGCAGAAGCGGCGUGCGUUGCAGAGGACGUCAGCAUAUCGGGGGAUCACCAGGCACCACGGGCGGUGGCAGGCGCGAAUCAAGGAUCAGCGGCGCGACAUUCACCUGGGCUAUUUUGACACUGAGAUCGCGGCUGCUCGUGCGUACGACCAGGCGGCCCUCCGCUACCGUGGCACCAAAGCGCAGCUGAACUUCCCUGAGACGGACUACCCCCCCGAACUGAAACAGGAGGGCGAGCGGCGCGUUGCGGCGGGGGCGCUCCAGGACGUGGAGGACCCAAUCAUUGCGCAGAAGCGCAAGGAACUUCUAGGCACCCUCCGGGCGGAGCGCGCCCAGGCGAAACGCCAAAAGGUUCUCGCUCAGGGGGGGAAGCCGAAGGCGCGUCGGGUUGGUGGGGCGCCGGGGCAGCCUGACGCAGGGGAGUUGCCGGCGGGGUGGCAGGGGCAGCAGGGGGGGGGGUUGGUUGGCGCGGAGGGGACGAUGCCUUUGGAGGCCGUCAACACAGAAGGCGUCCAAGCGAGCGGCGUAAAUGGCAGCGCCCCGGUCCCCGUGCAACCAGGACUGCUCCAGCUGCCAGCUCCUGGUGACUUGAGUACCGGGACUUAA